AUGGCGCCAAAGAGGCAGAAAAUGAAGACGACUGCUAAGACUUUGAGAGGAGAAGAUGAUACGGUGGACGUGUACGAUUUUGACGCGCAAAUUACAAGCGCGACGAUUCAGACGACGGAAAAAGAAGAAGAAGAAGAAGAAGAAACCGCAAAAAUAGCAGCGCGGGGAACAAAGAAGAAGAAGAAAUCAAACGCGACGACGACUUUAACGACGACGAAAGGAAAACCAAAAGCACAACAAACGAAAGCAAAAGCAAAAGCCAUCACCACGACUAAAAGUAGGAGUCGUCUCCAAAAUCAAGGCGCAGUUCCUCCGGGAGAUCCACGAGAGAGACCGAAGGAGACGAUCGCGCUCGAGUUCGUCAAAGGCCCAUUCAAAGGCACGCGAUUCGAAAAUCCAAACAAUCUUCCUUCGUUGAAAAUCGGCCGAGUGAAACCAGGGAACCAGAUUCACGUGAAGGACGACGCGGUGUCGCAAAAGCACGCGCACAUUUUUUGGAACGCGAGUACCAAUCGAUGGGAAAUUGUAGAUCUGGGAAGCUCGAACGGGACGUACGUGGACGACGUGGAAUUGGACGAACACUCGGAAGCGAGAGCGUUGAAAGAUGGGAGCACGAUAAAGAUCGGGAACCAAACGACCGUGAGGGCGAGGAUACGCCCGCGAGAAGGAGAAGAAGAAGUAGGAGAAGAAAAAGUCGGCGAUGACGAUGAAAGAGAAGGAGAGAGUGCAAAGAAAAAGAAAAAGAAAACGAAGCAAACUGGAGCGAGUAAGAAAAGUGUAGGAGUAGUAGCAAUAGAGGUGACGAAGACGAAGAAGUCGCCGUUAUCGGCUUCGGCGAAAGGGAAUAAAAAAACCGACAACGAUAACUUAGCAGAUGUGCCCGCGAAGAGUCCUUUGCCUUCGGUUGGGCCAAAGAAAAGAGUCGCUCCCCCGAUCAUUUCCGAGAAGAAGAAGGCGAAGAAAACGGAAACGGCGGAAGAAAAAGAAGACAACAACGAGGACGAGGAGAAUGGAAAGAGUAACGAGACUACCUUAGAGCGCCUCCAGCGAUGGAGCAGCGAACUCGUCGAUGACGUUCGAGCGAGUGCGGAACGCGCUGUAGAGAGACUAUUUAGAGAAAAGAAGAAAAUUGAAGCCGAUUUGCGCCAAGAGUUUGCGGUUUGA